UUUCACUAACGGCUCUGAACAAAAAUCUUGAAGUGCGUAAAACAAAGCAACAACAAACAACAAAUCCUCCAUUGACUUGAAAACAGCAUAUAAAAGAAAAAAAGGGGGCAAUUAAAGCAUCGGUUUCAGCUCUUCAGCCUUGGACCUUUUCAUUUGGCCACUUCUUUCACUACUCGAUACCCCCUCUAACACGCAUUUUCACGAACACCUUCUCUCCAAGUAGUCAAAGCACACCCUUUAUUAUUUCUCUACACACAGACAGGAAGAAAAUGCAAUACACGCUCACACCCUAACAACAUAAAUUCAACAGAUUUUCUCUUCCUCUCUCAAAUCAAAUCAAAUCCCUUGAAUCUUACGACACCAUAUAUAUCACAUACUGCUUUUUCUUCAACACCUGCACUCUCUCUCUCUCUCUCAAGCGUAACUUACUCACUCAAUAUGGCGCAGCAGCAAUUCAAUCAAAUUCAGCACAACUACCAUCAACCGGCUAUGAAACUAAGCAAAGCAGGAGAUAAAGAGAAGAGACAUAAGUUUCACCUGAACGACCACAUUGACAUCCUAAUCGAGAUCCUGAAACGUCUAGAUGGUCGAUCCCUAAGUGUGGCCGCCUGCGUCUGUAGAUUCUGGUGCACCAUUGCGCGGAACGACUCGCUCUGGGAGAACCUCUGCUUCCGCCACGUCUCUCCUCCGCCGUCCGGUGUGAGACCGGUGGUGGUGGCCCUCGGAGGUUACAGAAGGCUUUACAUGGUGUGCGUGCGGCCCGUGCUGAUUCGGCUUGGCGAGUUGAGACUCGUCGGUGAGUCUGGUAGAAGGGCAUGGAGUCGGGAGGAGGUGCAGCUCUCACUGUCUUUGUUUUGUGUUGAAUACUACGAAAGGCUCGGAGUUGGGGAGAGAUUCGGUGAGGCGUCCCCACCAUCUCUCAUGUUCCUCUGCAGCCCGUCAACGUCCGAUUUCUUCGCUUACUCAAAAACCACAACACUGCCAUCAAAUUAUUAAUUUAAGUAACAUAUGAACAUCAUAAAUUGUUUUUUUUUUUUUUAUUAUUAUUAGAUUUUCAUAAUUAUUACUGCUAUUU